AUGAUGUCUCGUAACCCAUCUGCAGGGUUGGAAAAUACUUUAUUUCAAUUAAAAUUUACUGCAAAACAACUACAGAAACAGGCUCAAAAGGCAUCAAAAGAUGAGAAACAGGAAAUGAAUAAAUUAAAGAAGGCCUUGAAUGAGAGUGAGGAAAUUGCCAAAAUAUAUGCAUCAAAUGCUAUCCGCAAGAAGAAUGAAAGACUGCAGUUGUUGAAAUUGGCCUCAAGAAUUGAUUCCGUGGCCUCAAGAGUUCAAACUGCUGUAACUAUGAGGAAAGUCUCUAGUUCUAUGGCUCAGGUCUGUAAAGGUAUGGACAGAGCCUUGCAAAGCAUGAAUUUACAGCAGAUUACAAUGGUUAUGGAUAAAUUUGAACAACAAUUCGAAGAUUUAGACGCUAGUGUUAAUGUAUACGAAGACAUGGGUGUCAGUAGCGAUGCAGUAAUAGUUGAUGGUGACAGAGUAGAUGAGUUGAUGAAUAAAGUUGCUGAUGAAAAUGGUUUAGAACUAAGACAAAGUGCUAGGAUUGAUAAUCUUCCAGAGAUUGAAGAGACAGAAACUCCAAGUGAGGAAAAAGAAGAUAAGCUUGCACAAAGAUUAAAAGCCCUUCGUGGUUAA